AUGACUGAUGCGACUACGGUUUCUAGGACCGCUAGCUUGCAUAACGAUGGUGUCCCUCCUUCACCGCCGAGAGGCACCGCUGAUUUACCUAGAGAGGUUGAUAUACACUCAACGACCACACCUGCUAUCAUCUCGGAGCCCGUUGAGACUAGACUGACGGAGCUGAUCGUCAGACCUCAGUCUGCGAGGACCUCUAUUGGUAUUGGAUCUCAGCCUUCUCCAUAUGAACAUGUCCUUGCCCUUUUGUCUGAUUUCGAUCCCAGCAGAGACAUAUUCCGAAUGGAUCUCAGCUCUUUCGUCGUCUUUUUUAACAGCAUGAUCGAGAAGAUUCUUCAUCAAGGGUAUUGCUUUGAUCAGUUCAGACGUUCCCUUUCUUGUCACCUGACGAUGAUCAAAGAAGAGGGAUAUCCGGCGUUAGCUGACUCUCUUACUGCCGAUUUUAUUGUCUUGGAGUCUGAACUCCGAGAGUUAGAGGAGCUAAAGGCUAAUGGAGCUUCUUCUUUCGUGUCCUCUUAGUUGGAGCAUAG